AUGCAAAGUCUACAUCGACUUUACAUUGGUUGUGAAAUAGAGCACCCAAUGAAUUUGGAUGUUUCAAAGAAGUUCCGGGAGAUUUUCACACCCAAGGUUACGUUAUGGAAUGUCUAUCUCGUAUAUAUCUGGGCCUGGGGCUUUUUUUACACUUUAACACAAUUAUUAGGACAGCUUAAAGUGACACCAAAGUCAUUUAUUGACACAUUUAAAGAAGGUAACUAUGAAAGAAAUAUGGAUGCUUUAAAUGACUACUUUUGGGGACUUUGUAUUGCAUCAGUUGCUUCUUUUAGAUUAUCUGGAUUUUUUCCAGACACUGAAACAAUAUCAAAUGCCCAAGCGAACAAUGGAAAUAUUAAUGACGUACUAUUGAACAGGUUGAAAGCAUACCUACAAGAAGAAGUAGAACUGACAUAG